UCGAAUAGCGAGUUUUAAGAAACGAUUCGAGAAUAGUUCAUUCGUCAGAGGGGAGGGGAAUUACCGAGGAUCAAUGGCGGUCGAUAUUUUGGACGAGGACCAUUUCGCGGUGAGCGCGAUCGUCACGGUCGGCAUGCAAAUUAUUUUCUUCACGAUCGCGGCGACCUUCCAGCUGGACAAACUGACGGACUUCGCUGGCGGCACAAAUUUUAUCAUCCUCGCCCUCCUGACGUUCUUUCUUGGUCAAGUGGGCAAGACGUACGACAGCCGACAGCUUAUGGUCACCAUAUUCGUUUGCUUAUGGGGCGUACGUCUGUCCUGUUAUCUGCUGUAUCGGAUCAUUAAGAUUGGCCGCGACAAGAGAUUCGAGGAUCGUCGCAGUAACGUGAUUCGUUUCGCGGUGUUCUGGACCUUCCAGGCUGUGUGGGUGUACGUUGUGAGCCUCCCGGUGAUCAUUAUCAAUUCACCGCGACACAAGAUUCCCCCCGCUCCUAAGACUAUGACGUCCUUAGAUAGUGCUGGCACGGGUCUGUUUAUAACCGGUCUAUUGGCCGAAACGUACGCGGAUCUGCAGAAAUUCUCGUUCAAGCAGGAUCCCGUGAACAAUGGGAAAUGGUGCAACGAUGGUCUAUGGCGGUUAUCCAGGCAUCCAAAUUAUUUCGGAGAGAUAGUUGUAUGGUGGGGCAUCUUCGUGAUAUCGUUGAACGUGAUCGAAGGUGCUGAAUGGGUCGCUAUAGCCUCUCCGAUCUUCACUACAUUCAUUAUUCUGUUCUUGUCUGGAAUGCCUCUAUUGGAGAGGGCUUCAGACGAAAGAUACCGUGAUAACGCCGAGUAUCGUUAUUACAAGCAGUCAACGUCACCGCUGAUACCAAUACCGCCGUCGAUCUACGUUGAAGUCCCGCAUUUCUUGAAAUGCCUUUUCUGCUGUGAAUUCCCACUUUACGAUUCGUUAGAUGUGAAACCACGAGCAGCCGUCACCGAGUCAACAUCGAUAAGCCUCGCCGCAUCCACGUAGCUAUAGCCACACGCCGGACGACCGAAUUCAGAGUCCGGCGUGCACUCGAGCACCAAGGCUACAACCAGCACAGCCCUUUAAACGGAUUGUAGC